GCCCUACAUUACGCGCUUUGUUGUAAAAGCGACGGGGUGAGGUCCUGCGGUCCGCGCGCGAGGGGCGGCCAGACGCAGCGGGCGGGGCGGAGGAUGGAGGCUGUGGCGUCCGCUGCAACGGUCGUGGCCGCAAGUGAGAAGUUGGCGGUGUAGGCAACUCGGGCUCCGUGGAGGCUGGCGGUGGUGCCCGGGCCAUGGCGGGAGACCGUCUGUGUUGGGCUCCCUGAGGUGCGCUCCCUGCCGUCUCGGGGAGCUGUGACCCAUGGGCUCGCUGAGCAGCCGGGUGCUGCGCCACCCGGGGCGAGCCCGAGCCCAGCCGGAGCCGGCUUCUGGAGCUGGGGGCUCCGCCCGGAGGCCGGAGACUGGUGGCGACGCGCCCGGCCAUGGCUUCUGUUACUGUCCGGGCAGUCACAAGCGCAAGCGGAACAGCGGGACCUUCUGCUACUGUAACCCCGAUUCCGAGACCGACGAGGAUGAGGAGGAAGGGGACGAGCAGCAGCGGCUUCUCAACACCCCUCGAAGGAAAAAACUGAAGAGUACAUCCAAAUAUAUUUAUCAAACAUUAUUUUUAAAUGGUGAAAACAGUGACAUUAAGAUUUGUGCUCUAGGAGAAGAGUGGAGCUUACACAAAAUAUAUUUAUGUCAAUCUGGCUACUUUUCUAGUAUGUUCAGUGGUUCUUGGAAAGAAUCCAGCAUGAAUACCAUUGAAUUGGAGAUUCCUGACCAGAAUAUUGAUAUAGAAGCACUUCAGGUGGCAUUUGGGUCAUUGUAUCGAGAUGAUGUCUUAAUAAAGCCAAGUCGAGUCAUUGCUAUUUUGGCAGCAGCUUGUAUGCUGCAAUUGGAUGGUUUAAUACAGCAGUGUGGUGAGACGAUGAAGGAGACAAUCAAUGUGAAAACUGUGUGUGGCUAUUACACAUCCGCAGGGACCUAUGGACUAGAUUCUGUAAAGAGGAAGUGCCUUGAAUGGCUUCUAAACAAUUUGAUGACUCACCAGAAUGUUGAACUUUUUAAAGAACUCAGUAUAAAUGUCAUGAAACAACUCAUUGGUUCAUCUAACUUGUUUGUGAUGCAAGUGGAGAUGGAUGUAUACACAGCCCUUAAAAAGUGGAUGUUCCUUCAACUUGUGCCUUCUUGGAAUGGAUCUUUAAAACAGCUUUUGACUGAAACAGAUGUCUGGUUUUCUAAGAGGAAAAAAGAUUUUGAAGGUAUGACCUUCCUUGAAACUGAGCAAGGAAAACCAUUUGUGUCAGUAUUCAGACAUCUAAGGUUACAGUAUAUUAUCAGUGAUUUGGCCUCUGCAAGAAUUAUUGAACAGGAUUCUCUAGUACCUUCAGAAUGGCUGUCUACUGUGUAUAAACAGCAGUGGCUGGCUAUGCUCCGAGCAGAACAAGACAGUGAGGUGGGGCCUCAAGAAAUUAAUAAAGAAGAACUAGAGGGAAAUAGCAUGAGGUGUGGUAGAAAGCUUGCCAAAGAUGGUGAAUACUGCUGGCGGUGGACAGGUUUUAACUUCGGCUUUGACCUGCUUGUAACUUACACCAAUCGAUACAUCAUUUUCAAACGCAAUACACUGAAUCAGCCAUGUAGUGGAUCUGUCAGUUUACAGCCUCGAAGGAGCAUAGCAUUUAGAUUACGUUUGGCCUCUUUUGAUAGCAGUGGAAAACUAAUAUGCAGUAGAACAACUGGCUAUCAGAUACUUACACUUGAAAAGGACCAGGAACAAGUAGUGAUGAACUUGGACAGCAGGCUUCUGAUCUUCCCUUUAUAUAUCUGCUGUAACUUCCUGUAUAUAUCGCCAGAAAAAAGAACUGAAAAUAGUCAUCAUCCAGAAAAUCCAGAAAACUGAAGAUCUCACCAGUUGGAAACAGUAGCACUUUGAAAGCUUUUUGGCCAGCUUUAAUUUACUGGCCCUGCAGAUACUCACAUCUAAGGUGACUAACAAUGACAAAGGCCUUACGAACUGUACAGAUAAUACAGAAGACUAUUCUUAUCCUCAUCACAUUUCUAUGCAUAUAUGGAAAAGCAUUUUAAAGCCAAGAGAAUAUCUGUCAAACCAUUUGCUAAUAAAGAUAUCAACUCAUGCUUUUUAAUUUAGCAUCAGCAGAAAAUUGCUGUAGGUAAAUUUCAUGUUUCUCUACAACCAUACAUAGUCAGUUUUCAGCUUGAACUUUGAUCCUACUUAAUGUUAGUGAACCUCAAUUAUCCAUUUGUUAGUUUCAUUUUUAUUUGACUAAACGAAUGCUAAAGGAAUAAUCUGGCCAAUUAUAAAUGCUCUUUCAAUUGGUAUAUUUAAAGCUGUCCUUAAUUUUUUUUUCAACUGCUCUUUAUGAUUCCUCCUACUAGUCAGAUAUUCUUCAGUCUAUAUAUGUUAUUAAUCAUUAAAUUUUUUUUCAUGGUUUUGAAGACUAAACUGAGGAACUUUUAUUUAACUUAAGCAUUUUCAUGCUUUUUUAUUUUGCUUUCCUAGAAUUUUAACAAGAAAAAAAUCAGCUUCAGGCUUUCAAAUGAUCUUGAAUAGGGGAAGAAAAAUUCUUUUGCCUUUUAUGGUCUUUUCUUUGACAUUCUGUACAACUUUAUUAUUAGGUCACAGAUUACUUAUGUACCAAAUAUUAUACUUUAAACAUUUUUAUAUUCUGUGAUCUUUGAAUUAUUUAUUUUCAAAUUUUAGUUGGGAAUCCUAUUCCCUACUUAAGCUCAGGACUUUAUAAUCUCCAAAUUGAGUGCCUUUGAGUUACACAUAAUACUAGAAAUCUCAUAGUAAAUGUACAUAGGGUCGGAGGAUAUCAUAUAGAAGCUGAUAAUAAAGCAUUAAUGUAUAAAUAGAACUUAUUUUUGUCAAAAAUGAGAUGUACAUUUUUCAUGAUUUAUAUAUGUUCGGUUCUUGCAUUUACUGCUAGUUUGAAAAUAGCCAUGCUCAUCAUCUUUCCAGUCAAAGUCAGUACUUUUUGUGGUUAAUGUAUAUUUUUAGUAUGUUUUAAGAAAAAUGGGAAUUACUUUUGUGUACCUGUACAAAUAAUAAAUACCCAUUUGGAGAAAGAAUAAAUAACAUAUAAAAUGAACCAAAAAAAAAAAAAACUCAGUUGAAACCAGAAUUUUUUUUCCAAGUUCAUUUUUUUCUAGUUAGAUUUAGCACUAAUUGCUAGUUUUUAUUCCCUAGCAAUAUGUCCAUACAUUCAUAAGUCACUUUUGUCCUUUCAAAAUUGAUCCUCAUGGUGAAUUUAAAGGAAGCUUUUAAAUGCCUUCCCUAUCUCCACCCCUAGAACUGUAGUUUGAAUGGUUUUAAUACAAUAGUUUGGCUGUAUCAAGAGACAACAUUUCUUGUUUUUGUAUUUGGCUAUAUCUCUUUAAUGAGAUGCUUUUGUUUUUUUCCUGUCUUAUUGUAACAUCAGAGAUUCCUUACCCUUACAUAUUAAAAAUAUAAAUACCAAAUUUAAAUCAAAUUAUUUAAAUAACUGAAUUUUUAUAAAUCUUGGGAGUAAAGAUAAUUAAAGUUUGAGUAUAUUAGUAAAAUUAUUUCAUUUGUAUGAAUUAAUCAAAGUAGAAUUAUAUAUGGUUCCUGUCCCUUGUUUGUUUCCUAGCAAAAAUUGCUUACAAACAAAAGAAUUAUUUCUUCAAUCACAAGUAAGUUGUAUUCUCACUAGAGAAACCGGUAAUUGUCAGCUGGUACUCCACAAUGAUAGUAAAGAUCUGCUUUUGUUUUCUUACCGAAUACUUUGCAUACUUUUCAUUCUUUUUAAUUGGAAUAUUUCUAAUAAAGUAUUAAGUGUCA